CACAGGAGAAUGGCAGCUGAGAACUCUUCUGUGACAGAAUUCAUCCUUGCUGGCUUAACAUUUGAGCCAGGACUCCAGAUCCCCCUCUUCUUCCUGUUUCUAGGUUUCUACAUGGUCACUGUAGUGAGUAACCUGGGCUUGAUAAUGUUGAUUGGGUUGAACUCUCACCUGUACACCCCCAUGUACUUUUUCCUCUUCAACCUCUCCUUAAUAGAUAUCUGUUACUCAACUACUAUCACCCCUAAAAUGCUGAUGAGUUUUGUUGCAGAGAAGAACAUCAUCUUGCAUGCUGGAUGUUUGACUCAACUCUUUUUCUUCUGCUUUUUUGUCAUCUCUGAGUCCUUCAUUCUGUCAGCGAUGGCAUAUGACCGAUAUGUUGCCAUCUGUAACCCACUGGUGUAUGCAGUCACCAUGUCUCCUAAGGUCUGUUUACUCCUUUUGUUGGGUGUCUAUGUGAUGGGGUUUUUAGGGGCUAUGGCCCACACAGGAAGCAUAGCAAAUCUGACCUUCUGUGCUGACCACCUUGUCAAUCACUUCAUGUGUGACAUUCUUCCUCUCCUUGAGCUCUCCUGCAAUAGCACUUAUGACCAUGAGUUGGUGGUCUUUAUAGUGGUGGCCAUUGACAUUGGAAUGCCCAUUGUCACCAUCUUCAUCUCUUAUACUCUAAUCCUCUCCAGCAUUCUCCACAUUCACUCCACUGAGGGCCGGUCCAAAGCUUUCAGUACGUGCAGCUCCCACAUGAUUGUGGUUUCUCUUUUCUUUGGUUCUGGGGCUUUUAUGUAUCUCAAACCACCUUCUAUUUUAUCCCUUGACCAAGGGAAAGUGGCCUCCCUGUUCUAUACCAUUGUGGUGCCCAUGUUCAACCCAUUGAUCUAUAGUUUGAGGAACAAGGAUGUCAAAGUUGCUCUGAGGAAAACCUUGGGAAGAAAAAUAUUUUCUUGAUA